AUGACGAAUAAGCUUGCCAGAUUCAUCCGGAGGGAGACGCUGAGCAAUAAGUGCAGCCCCAUUUCUAAAGUCUUCCUGGGAGACAUAGGCGGCGAGCCGGCCCUUCUUGUUCUUAACAAGGUCCCAAUUCCAGACAGCGUGGACAUGCAGCAGGAGAGCACGCUCAUACACCAGAAUGACAUUUACACGAGCGGAACACUGCAGACGUGCGAGUCCUUGAAGUACUCCAUCAUACACCCGGCCACGAAAGAGCUUAUCAGAAAGUACACGCAGGCCGAGCACGUGGUUGUGAAGGAGACAUACGAGCUCUACAGAACCCGCGUCCUCCCCCACGCCCUUGCAAAGGGCCCGAACGUGGCGUGGAUUGACAAUAUUUUCAGACAGGCGGAGAAAAGCGGCGCCCCCAUGACCACGCUCGAGAAAGAGGAAGUCCUCUACUUCGACAGGGAGUUUCUGAUAUGCCCGGACCUGAAGUGGGACAGGAAGACAAUGGACAGCCUCUACCUGCUCGUGCUUUUCCGGGACCCUGCGAUAUACACGAUUCGCGAGCUCACAGGCAGCCACAUUCCCCUGCUGCUGCGGAUACAGGAGGCAGUGGCGGCCACGCUCGCGCUCUACAGCUACCGGGCAGACCAGGUGAAAAUGUACUUCCACUACUACCCCACGUUCUACAGGGCGCACAUACACGUGGCCUCCAUAAAGACAGCGCACAUGGGCGAGGGCGUUGGGUGCGCGGUGCUCCUGCACGACGUGAUUGAGAAUCUGAAGGUGGCUCCAGAGUUCUACAAGCAGCGCACCAUGGAAAUAGUCCUUUCGAAGGGGUCGUACAUUUACGAGGCACACGCAGACGCCCCGCCCGCAUAA